GCACCUGCGACGACGCCUUGGGCUGGCUCCCGCACAAAUCCACAUCGACAGGUUUGUUCGUGAUAGCCACCGAGCAUCUGCACAGAACCCUCCGCCCACCACUUCUUCAUCGAUGUGGCUGGGAAGUUCCGUGCAGCUCUCGUCAUUCAACCGCUCAACAUCACUACCGCACCGUCACCGCGAUCAGCCUUCAUCCCGCUCCGGGCCGGCUCCGCUCCGAACCUCGAGCGCGACAACGCCCUUGUUGUGCAACCUAGCCUGUGAAGCUCUGCCCCGCGCCACAGCCAGAUCUCGUCCAGACCUCCAUCUCGAAACCUCGAACCGUCCAACCACCGCGCGCUCAAGAUCUGCGCCGAAACCCGCAACCAUGUCUCUCUGCCAGAACCGACUGCAGGAGGAGCGCAAACAAUGGCGGAAGGACCACCCGUUCGGCUUUUAUGCGCGGCCGCAACGCAACUCGACCGGCGUACUCGAUCUUAAGCUGUGGGAGUGCGGAAUUCCUGGCAAGGAGAAGACCAUCUGGGAGGGCGGUCUCUUCAAACUGACCAUGGCGUUUCCCGAAGAGUACCCUACAAAGCCCCCAAAGUGCAAAUUUGUCCCUCCGCUCUUCCACCCGAAUGUUUACCCGUCAGGAACCGUCUGCCUUUCGAUCCUCAACGAGGAGGAGGCCUGGAAGCCGUCUAUCACGAUCAAGCAGAUCCUCCUCGGUGUGCAGGAUCUGCUGAACGACCCCAACCCCGAGUCUCCAGCCCAGGCUGAAGCAUACAACCUCUUCAAGAAAGACCGCGUCGAGUACGAGAAGAGGGUCAAGCGGGUUGUGCGCGAGAACCCGGCCCCUUGAGCGGACGGAGCGGGACUGCCCGUCACGGUGCUUUUAGGGAGUGACACAUGCCCCAUCUUGCCUAAUCGUCGACUUGCGACUCGAGACGGCUAAAGAAAGACGGGAGCUGUCCCGACUGGGUAUGGAAUUCUCGGCGUUCUCGGAAUACCAGAUGCGGCGUUUAAUGUUCUGGCGUUUAGGAGGGCAACAGUCACUUCUGCUUACUCUUUUUGGUCUUGGACCCGCUGCGCGCCACUGGAUAACUGCUCACGAUAUUCACUCGAACCGAUCUUCUAGUUAACAUUCUUCUAACCACCGCCUCUCAUCGGCUACUGCGUAGUCAUAUAAUUACGAACUGGAAGUAGUCUCAUUUGAUGCUAUUGGGUCCAUUGCAGCAACCCCCACUGUAACCCCGCAGUCUAUACUGCGAUGAGAUGGAAUUCCGUGCUAAGCGGUUUGUUGGCUUGUUUUGAGCUAGUUGUGGCGCGUGGGAUUUACACACCAAAAAGGGAUGCUCCCACACAGGGGAGAGUAUGGGUGCCGAAAUACGGCAUGUGUAUCAUUUUUAUGAAAGCAUACGCGGAUCGCGGCAAAAUGUGACGUACUGGUGGAUUUAAAGGCAUCCAACGAGUUGGCAGUCGAUAACCUUGCUAUUGAGAAGCGGAUAAAAGGCUCUUCCACUCGGGCCAGCCCGGUAUCUUCCAGCCUCUAUGUUGGCACUUUCUAGCUUAUCAGUACUAGAAAUGAUAAUGAACCGGCGGUGAAAACUAGCAUUCCAACGGUUAUAUAAAGAG